AUGGUGUCUCAUCAUGGCAGCAACUCGCAUCAAGCGGGUGAAUCUUCGCCGCUCUUACAACAUCAUGGCACUCACACUCUCACCGAUGGCAUAGCCCACGAAGGAGAGAGCGGCCGCUCUGGCUUCCACCCACGACACUUCUUCGCCGUUUGCUGGAGGUCUUCUAGCAAUGUCUCGAAAUAUGUCAACGUCCUAUGGCCUGCGGCUCUCGUGGCCGUCAUUUUGUACUUCGCCACCAACGCCCACAUCGGGAUCUUUGUCGCCAGCUACAUCGCAAUGGUACCCGCAGCCAAUCUUCUCGGCUUUGCCGGCCAGGAAUUCGCGCGCAAGCUCCCCAAGGUCGCCGGCAUCUUGAUUGAGACGACCUUUGGGUCCAUCGUGGAGAUUGUACUGUUUGUGGUCCUCAUCGUAAAGCACAAAGAAGAAGAGGGCAAUGGGGACGAAGGGAACAUGAUUCCGAUCAUUCAAGCGGCAAUUCUUGGAUCCAUUCUCACGAACCUGCUCUUAUGCCUAGGCCUGUGCUUUUUCAUGGGCGGCAUCAGACAGCACAAGUCCAACCAGAAGUUUCACGCCAUCGUUUCCGAGGUCGGCAAUGGUCUUCUGCUCGUUGCUGCCUUUGGCCUGCUCAUUCCAAGUGCUUUCUACUCGGCUCUCAAGUCCGAGACGGUGCAGGCAGCCUCUGACAAGCUUACCUCUGGCAAGCUACAACAUGACAUCCUUAGGAUCAGUCAGAUGACUUCGAUUGUGCUGAUCGUCGCAUUUUUUCUCUACCUCGUCUACUGCUGUACAAGCGCACACUCCAUCUUCGAUGAAGUGAUUGAAGCCGACGAACACGGAGAUCUGGACCACGAAGAAGACAUGAAGAAGCAGAAGCUCACAAUGACGGAGUGUCUGCUGGCCAUCACUAUUGCCAUCGCCCUCGUUGUCCUCCUGCUUAUCAUUCUGGUGGACCAGAUCGAGGACGUUGUCGAAGCUGGAGUGCCCGACCAGUUCCUUGGUCUUAUCCUACUUCCGCUGGUUGAGAAAGCUGCGGAACAUUUGACAGCCAUCGACGAAGCCUGGGAUGGCGUCAUGAACGUUGCUCUCUACCAUUGUCUUGGCCCUUCAAUCCAGACAGCUCUCUUCAACGCACCCCUGGUGGUGAUCGUGGGCUGGCUGAUUGGCAAGCCGAUGGAUCUUAACUUCGAGAUCUUCAUGAUCGGGUUAUUGGUACUGUCCAUACUCGUGGUCGGCAACUUCCUCCGUGACCAGGAGUCAAACUGGUUGGAGGGAGCGCUGUUGGUGAUUGUGUACGUGGUGAUAGCCAUUGCAUCUUUUUACUACCCAGAUCCAGAUGUGGCAACGUCGAACGGCAUCGGUAUAUAA